ACUGCUUGUUAUUUCCAGCCUAGCGCCAUGUUUGGAUCUUCAUGCACAGUGUUUUAGUGAAAACAAUUAACUUGUUUUAUUAAAUAGAAAAAUGCAGACUGGUGAAAAUUAGCAAAAAUGCGGAAUUCGUAAUGACGAAUCCAAAUUCGCAAACCAAUGGAGCCUCUCUGGAGGACUGCCACUCAAAUCUUUAUUCUUUGACGGAUGUGUGUGGAAUAAAAUGGGUUGUACUCCGAGCAGAUGAGAAUACUAGUAAUGUGGCAGAACCUUUAGAGGAUCCUGUUCUCUCCAGCUUUGCAAGAUGCUUGGAUGCAGGUCUUCUAUCUGUCUGGAGACGGGUCCCACGAAGAUAUCUCGUCGACUAUUCGUUCGACAACGCCGGGAACCCGGUGAAGACUCCAAAGACGGGGCACGACGACAAGAACCAGUUGUCCCAGUGCAGGGAGCUCUGGGUUUUCUGGUAUGGAGAGAAACCAGCGCACCUCAAGAGCUUUGAGAUAACUGAAGUAUCUGGGAGCUGGGAGUCUGGUAUCCGCUAUGAGGCUCGAACUCUGCUCUUCAAGGCGCUGAACAAUCUCAUCGAACAAUCUCUUCUUAGCAGAGAGUUUGUUAGACUCGGAAAAUGGUUUGUUCAACCCUUUGACGGAUCAGAGAAACCAAAAAGCAGCCAUUUAUCCUUCUCCUUCUCCUACUUUAUUCAUGGAGAGAGCGCGGUGUGUGCAUCAGUUGAUGUGCGCGAGCACGCCCCGGUCAGGAGGUUGACCCACGCGCAUGUAAGCGCGGCGGGAAGCAUGGCGUCAACUGUUCAGGUUAUCCUAUCUCCGUAUGGUAUGGCAGCUACACUGACAGGGGUUACCUUCCAGGAAGGGGACCCCAAGCUGAAGGGGCUCCUGGAGGAGUGGAAAGCUUUCUGGCCCCUGAACAGUAACGGGUAUGAGAGCAGGGAUGCUUCAGGACAGCUUAUAGCCAUGCCAGAAGCUGUUGAGGUUGUUGUAUCCGGUGUGCGAUUAAUCUACCCGACCUCCUAUGUCCUGGUAACAGACCUGGAUAACCAUGGUCUACCUGAACCCAGUACUAGAGAACCACUUUAUACUUAUAAGGGAACCCUGACUGAAGGAAACCUUGAACCUGGACCCUUUACUGUCUCCAACCAUCCUCUACUCACAACCUUCAACCCGAGUUCCGGGCUCCAGACUAGGGUUUGGAACGACUCAACCCUUCCCCAUCCGGAACUCAACCAAGAGAACGAUUUGCACAACGAAACCAAGGAAAAUCAUUCCUUCCUCAAGAACUGGGAGUACUCCAAUCCUGCCAAACCUGUGAAACCUAAACUCAAACCUAAAUCCUUCUCCAGGGAGAGAUUCAAGGAGCUCCGUACCAAGUAUCACACCAAGAAUCCGUUCCACAAGAAGACGGAGAUUGUCGACGAACUCGGCUGGACUCUCGACCAGGAGGGGAUUUGUAGCGCUGUGGCCGCCGGACGAUUGUCAACGCAAAUCGGUGUCCAAGCCAACCGAGUCCCUAGUGAGGGACUGCCUCUUCAUUCUCCGAUGAGUGUUGGACCAGUGACACCAAGGACGGGUUGUGAGAGUGUAAAAACCCCCGGGGAUGGUAUGAUGCCUCUCUUAUCCCCCCAUCCUCCGCUCAGUAAUGGUCCAACCACCCCAUUCGACCCCCGAACCCCAGGGACACCUGGAAACCCACGGACACCGGGAAACCCACGGUCUCAACCUCCCAGCUCGGUUCCUUCUCCAUACCGUCCUGUUAGUGCAUCAAUACCGGAUAAACGGAUUGAACCAAGUGAGAUAAAACCGGAUCCGGAAAUGGUAUUCUCGGCGCCGGAAACCAUGUUUCCUGGCAGCACCGGAGCUGGUGAUACUAAAUCUGGAAUUGAAUUGAGCAAACGACCUUCGUUGCCGAGUAAAGAUUAUGAGGUUGAGGAGGAGGAGGACGGAUUGUCGAGUGCUUACGAUUACAAAUUACUAAAUGCUUGGCUCUCGCAUCCUGUCAAGCGAUUUAAAGGCCAAGAUAAUCGGCAGCCGAAUCCCAAACGGCCGAUGUACCGACGAAGAUCCCAGUCCAGUUUCUUUUCUCAGAAGGAGCUACCGCCCAGUCCUGUACCUAGGGUCAAACCAGACCCAGAGAGAAAACCAGUCUCUCAGGUAUUAACAAACGGCGAUGUAUCCGCUUUACCUAAAGGCGGAAUCAAAGCAGAGCCGGAUGAUAAGAAGGAUGGGAAAGAAGAUGACAACUUAUUCUCCGCCGACGGUUUAAAACCGUCGAUUCAUGACCUAGAUAACAUGUUCGAUGAUUCUGAUACCGAGCUAAGCAUGGACGUUCACUCCGCUGUUCCAACACCACCUUCUUCUAUCAAGGAUAUUGAUAACAUGAAGAUGUACCGGCCAAAGGAUCCACCGCCGAGUUUACCCGCCGAUCAGCUGCAUCAGAUGUUCCCUACCCCUCCAUCCCACGAGCACCCGUCGAUCCAUUCUCCCGCCGAUAUUCAAGAUCAUGAUGUACACUAUGCAAGCGAACAGGUGAAGCAUGAACCACGGUCCCCUGAACCUGAGUCCCAUGAACUAUACUAUGAGGAGGAUCUGAACCGUCUCCUCUCCACCUCCCAGUUUGCUCCACUCAGCCAGCUGUACAGUGCUACUUUACCUCCUCUACACCUACCAGCGGAAGCAAUCUGGAAACCAGGCAGAAAAAUAACGGUAAGCUGAGAAACGGAUAUAUUUAGAU